GUUGUAUUCCUAUGAUAGCCACAAGCUCUGCUCAGUCCUGUCCCACAGCCCCCUGCUAUCCCAGCCCGGGGCUUCCAGUCGUGUGAUCUCCGGCCGGUGACUUUGCCCUCCCGGUCUGGGCUUUGGUCCCAGCCCUCGGAGGAGCCGGCUGGAGUUGGGGAAACCGUAUCAUGGGUGUUCUCAGCGGCCCGCUGGCCGCCUUGUUCCUGGUUCUCAUGCUGCCCCUGCUGGAGGGUGCUGAGGAGUUCCAGUCAACCUGUGGGCAGCCAGUGGCCUCCAGCCGUAUCGUAGGAGGGCAGAAUGCCCAGAACGGGGCUUGGCCCUGGCAGGCCAGCAUACGAUACCAAGGAUUCCACAUCUGCGGAGGGUCCCUCAUCACAGGGGAAUGGGUGGUGUCUGCGGCUCAUUGCUUCAAUCGGAGUCUGCCUGUCACUGAUUACUCUGUUUCCCUUGGGGAAUUCCAGCUGCAUAUCCCGAGUGCAAACGCCUUCAUCUCUGCUGUGUCACAGGUCAUAAUCCACAGCGACUACAACCCCAGCAGCUAUGCCUCAGACAUAGCCCUGGUGCUCCUAAGAACGCCCCUUCUCUACACCACCUACAUCCUCCCCGUCUGCCUUCCUGACCGCAGCGAUUCCAUCGCGAAUGGCACCCUGUGCUGGGUCACCGGCUGGGGGAAUAUCCAGACAAGUGAAAGUCUCCCUGCUCCCCGCACUCUGCAGGAGGUUCAGGUCUCACUCAUGGAUGCUCAGACGUGCAAUGACCUCUAUAGCAUAUCCAUCACAGGGUCCCUGGGGUCGCGCCCCAUCAAAGACGACAUGGUGUGUGCUGGCCAAACCGAAGGAGGGAAGGAUUCCUGCCAGGGGGAUUCUGGGGGACCCCUCGUUUGUUCCCAGGCUGGCUCCUGGUUCCUGAUCGGCAUCGUGAGCUGGGGAGAAGGCUGUGGCCUCCCCUACCGUCCCGGGGUCUAUACCCGGGUCUCCGCCUACUCCGACUGGAUCCAGCAGCAGCUCCCCAGUGUGGAAUCCGGGGUGGUGAAUGUCACCAUUAGCAGUCAGUCCAAUGCCGGCUACACUCCAGCACCCACCCCGCUGCUCCUCGGCCUCCUCCUGCUGGCCAGCGCUGUCCCGGGGAUGGUGCCAGCACUUUCUAAGAUGCUAAUUUAACAAUCAUCCCUGUCAUGGAAAAGACAAGCCAUCAUAAUUACAACCCAUGAUUAUAGGGCUGGGAGGGGAGUGGGAUCUAGCGGGUUAGUGAUUGGGGGAGGGGACUGGGUGUCAGGACGCCUGGGUUCUAUCUCUGGCUUUCAGAGGGGAUUGAGAUCUGGUGGGUUAGAGCAAGAGUUGGGAUCAGGACUCCGGGGUUCUAUCCCUGGCUCUCCCAAAGACUCCCUGUGCGACAUUCAACAAGUCCCAGGUCUCUCUGAGUCUCAGUUCCAGUAGAUGUAAAAAGGGGGGAAUAAAUUUGACUUUGUGUGUUUAGAAAGUGAGCCCUUCGGGGCAGGGACUGGCUCCCACCGUGGGUCUGGGCAGAGCCAGCACAAUGUUGCACUGAUCUCAGUCUGUGCUGCACCUGGCACAAAGGAUUCCGGGCCCAUGUUCAGGUGUCGUAGGUCCUACAAUACUACAGAAAAUACUAGUAAUAAAAGAUAUGUCUGUCUGUCUCAAUUGCA